CCCAAAAUGUAUGAGGCUGGACGAAGACAAAACAUAUAAAGCCCAAACUCUCAAGUCUUAACCAAAUUUCUGCCUUAAUUCUUUUAAACCCCCGUUCCCAAUCUUACUCCGUCGACGGCGAAAUCCUCGCAUUUACGGCAAUCGAGCGAUAGUUGGUUGAGUCAAGAGGAGACAAACGAUGCCGCUUUAUGAUUGUAUGCUUUUACUGAAACCGCAUGUAAAAAAGGAGGCUCUGAUGGACCUUGUAGCAAAGGUUGGGAAGCAUGUUUAUAGAAAAAAUGGUGUGCUUACAGAUUUAAAGUCGUUUGGUACUGUUCAAUUGGGUUAUGGCAUUAAGAAACUAGAUGGAAGAUAUUAUCAGGGGCAACUGAUGCAAAUGACAGUGAUGACACCUCCCAGUUUUAACAAUGAGCUGCAUUACUUGAACAAAGAAGACCGCCUACUUCGAUGGCUUUUGGUUAAGCAUCGUGACAUCAAAUUUGGAUUUGACUUUUUGGGUGAAGAUGAUGCUAAGGCUGACCUAAGCAAGUUCAGGAGCAACAUAUAUGAAAUUGAGGAAGAAGAAGAAGAAGAAGAAGAUGAUGAUGAUGAAUAUAAUGUCGAUGAAUCUGAGAAGAAGUCGGUCUAGAAAACUUAUGACUUUCACUAUAAGCUGCUGAUUAGAGGCCACCAUAACCCAAACCAGAGGAAGAUAAAAAGGCUACAAGAACACCUACAAGUUAAUCCCUGGCUUAAACUAAUAACUAGUAGAUCAGUAGAAAUUGAUAAAUUUCUGGCACUGGGACUCAUCUAUGACUCCAGUUUUAGUCAUCAAUCAGUAUGUUUUUCUAA